GUUUUUGGAUACCAUUUGCGAUGGCCACGCGCCUCCUGCCCAUUCUGGCACUUCUUCCGCUCGCGGCAGCCACAACGGCAUGCUCCGCCAGCACGAAGAAAGGGGCGGCAGGGCGUGCGUGGGACAGCAUCGAGCCGGAAUGUCGAGAGAAGUUGGAGAACAAUAGAACUGCUGCCGCCAUGCGAUGCCUUGAAGGCCACUUCUGGGAGGCUCGGGAGCCUGGUCGACGCGCUGGAGACUGGCACACCACGCUCCGGAAGUUGCGCCAUGAUGCAGAGAUGUUCACUUGGCUGGAGCAGGAGGGCAAGGUCAAGCCCGAGGUCAAGAAACUCUUCAGAGGUGUUUUCCAGUCUGCGCGGCAAAAGCACGACAACCCGGACAAGGUCUUUGAGUUGGCCUUCAAGGAGCAGACGGACGACAGAAAGCUGUGGCAGCAGGCCAACAACAAAGCCGUCUACUGGGACCCUGCUGGCAAAGAGACGCCAGCAAGGAUACUGCGGGCCAAGCCAGCUGCCCUUCAGGGCCUCGAGGACAGCUUUCGCAGUGCCGGCCGGGCGGUGAGCGACAAGUUUCUGGCGGACGGCACCUUGAAGAAGCUGAAGCGCUUCCUUCAGGCAUCCACCUUCUACUUCUAUCCCCGUAAGGGAUAUCACCUGCUGGCACUUAUGGAGGAUGGUCUGGCGUCACCGUUGCUGGGGCAGGUGGUUGAUGCGCUGCGCAGCGCCCUGCCCGGUGUCUUGGGCCCUCUGAGUGGCAUCAAGGUCUGGAAGGCCGACAACUCGGCCUUGGCCCGUGAGAAGGCAGACCAGCCAGAGCUCAGCGAAGACGCGGCGGUCAGCGUUCUACUGUGGCUUGUUCCUAGCUCUGCACUGAACGGCAGCGCCAGCAACGCGCUCUUUCUUUUCCAGCGAGGCAAUGAGAGCGAAGAGCCUGUGGCGCGCAUCAGCUAUGCCACCAACCGCGCGGUGAUUUGGGGUCGGCAUUUGCAGGCGACCUGGAGAGGUCCGUCUUGGAAACCGGGCUUCCUGCAGCGAGGUCUCCAUUUGCUCUUCUCCUUUGGCUGGGCUCAAGAAGAGUGUGCAGCGUGACCUUCUCAAGCAAGAUGCCUGGUGCCAGCUGCAAAACCGUAUGCCGAGAAGAAGCCCUUCAAGACCAUGGUGCAGGCCGCCGCUCCGGACCAACCGACUCCACGGCCCCGCGCGGCGCGCCGCCGCGGCGCGCGGCUCGCGGCUCAUGCCAUGCGCGUGCGGCGAGCUGCCGAGGGCUCUGUGGUCGACA